AUGCCCUGGUAUUGAGCAAGUUGAGCCCCGCCUUCCUGUCUUCCCGUAUCUUCCGUUAUUAAAAACCCGAGGUGAAAAGACGAGGUUCUGCUCUCUGACCUGUGGAACCACAGCACAAUGUGGGACCUCAGUUUGCUCGUCUUCUGGGGGUGCUGUGGUAUAUUCGGCCAGGCGAUGCACACGGUACCCACGUUGACGAAAACAAGUGAAGUGAAUGAGUGUGAAGACCUCACCACGUGCCCGACCCACGCAGGCUGCGUCAACACCAAGGACAGUUACUAUUGCACUUGCAGACAAGGCUACCAGUCCAGCAAUGGACAAAAUCACUUCAAGGGUCCAGGAGUGGUAUGUGAAGAUAUUGAUGAAUGUUCUGAAAGUCCCUCGCCCUGUGGUCCUAACUCAGAGUGCACGACCAUGAGGGGGAGGUACCAGUGCAGCUGUUUUCCUGGAUUCUCUUCUCCCACUGGAAAUAACUGGAACCCGGGAAAGCCAGGGCAUUUCGCCUGUACAGAUAUUGACGAGUGCUUGCAAGAUCCAGCUCGGUGUGGUCCUCGUUCUGUCUGCACCAAUACCAUGGGCUCCUACAAUUGUAGCUGCAUAGAAGGCUUUGGCCCUGAUACAGAAGUCUUCCAGAAAUAUGGCACCAUCAGCUGCAAAAAUGUGAAUGAGUGUGAAGACCUCUCCACGUGCCCGACCCAUGCAGGCUGCGUCGACACCACGGGCAGUUACUAUUGCACUUGCAGACAAGGCUACCAGUCCAGCAACAGACAAAGGCACUUCAAGGGGCCAGGAGUGAUAUGUGAAGAUAUUGACGAGUGCUUGCAAGAUCCUUCUCGAUGCGGUCCAAAUUCUGUCUGCACCAAUACCAUGGGCUCCUACAAUUGUAGCUGCAUAGAAGGCUUUCGCCCCGAUCCAGAAUUCUCCCAGAGAUAUGGCAACGUCAGCUGCAAAAAUGUGAAUGAGUGUGAAGACCUCUCCACGUGCCCGACCCAUGCAGGCUGCGUCGACACCACGGGCAGUUACUAUUGCACUUGCAGACAAGGCUACAAGUCCAGCAACGGACAAAGGCACUUCAAGGGGCCAGGAGUGGUAUGUGAAGAUAUCGAUGAAUGUUCUGAAAACCCCUCGCCUUGUGGUCCUAACUCAGAGUGCAUGAACAUGCGAGGGAGGUACCGGUGCGACUGUUUUCCUGGUUUCUCUUCUCCCACUGGAAAUGACUGGAACCCAGGAAAGUCAGGGCAUUUCUCCUGCACAGAUAUUGAUGAGUGCUCACAAGAUCCAUCUCAAUGUGGUCCUCAUUCUGUCUGCACCAAUACCAUGGGCUCCUACAAUUGUAGCUGCAUAGAAGGCUUUCGCCCCGAUCCAGAAGUCUCCCAGAGAUAUGGCAACAUCACCUGCAAAAGGAUUCUCUUCAAGUGUAAGGAAGACGUGUUACCCAACAGCGAGCGGAUCCAGCAAUGCCAACAAGGAGUGGUGGCGCCGCUCGGCUCUGGUUCCUUCUGUGACCUAACAAAUACCAUCUUGGAUGUCCUGGAUGAGGCCUGUGAAAACAAAACCACCCCGGUUUCUCUGGAGGAUACAGCUGAGACCUUUGCCGCUGUGCUUGAGCAAACGAUCACGUCCAACCUUUCAAAGGAAGAGACAUCCACCCUGGCCACCGUCUUCUUGGAAAGUGUGGAAGCCACUACCCUCGCCGCCCUUCUGAAACCCUCAGAGAAUGCCAGUCAGAUUAUACAGACGGAAUACCUAGAUAUUGAGAGUAAAGUUAUCAACAAAGAAUGCAAUGAAGAGGAUGGCUUUACCUUGAAAGCCAAAGGGGAUGAGGUUAAGAUCCGGUGUUCCACAAUUGAGGAGUCUAAAUCCACAGGACCCCCGAGGGUGGCUUUUCUCUCCUUUGAGGGCAUGGAGUCUGUUUUAGACGAACGCUUCUUCCAAGACCCCCAGAGCCCUUUGGCCAGCUCCAGGAUGAAGCUGCGGAUGAAUUCUCGUGUGGUAGGCGGUGUCAUAACCGGGGAGAAAAAGGCCAACUUCUCAGAUUCCAUUAUCUACAUUCUGAAGAACAUCCAGCCAAAGCAGGAGUCCGAGAGGCCCAUCUGUGUUUCCUGGACCACAGACGGGAAGGGAGGGAGAUGGACCCCCAUUGACUGUGUGAUCCUGGAAGCCUCCAAGACACGUACCGUCUGUGGCUUAAAUCGGAUGACGAAUCUAGCCAUCAUCAUGGCUUCCGGGGAGCUCACGAUGGAGUUCACUCUGCACAUCAUCAGUCAUGUGGGUAUGAUCAUCUCCCUGGUGUGCCUCGUCUUGGCCAUCGCCACCUUCCUGCUGUGUCGUUCCAUCCGCAACCACAACACCUACAUCCAUCUGCACCUCUGCAUCUGUCUCUUGCUGGCUAAGAGUCUCUUCUUCGGUGGUGCAGACAAGACAGACAACCAGCUGGUCUGCGCCCUCAUCGCGGGUUUUCUGCACUACCUUUUCCUCGCCUCCUUCUUCUGGAUGCUGGUGGAGGCCAUGCUGCUCUUCCUGACGGUGCGGAACCUGAAGGUGGUGAAUUACUUCAGCUCUCGCAAUAUCAAGAUGCUGCACCUCUGCAUCUUUGGCUACGGGCUCCCGGCCCUGGUGGUGGCGGUGGCAGCCUGCGUGCAGCCACAGGGCUAUGGGAUGCUUGAUCGCUGCUGGCUGAAUACAGAGACAGGGUUUGUCUGGAGUUUCCUGGGGCCGGUUUGCACCAUCAUAAUGAUCAACUCCAUCCUGCUGACUUUGACACUGUGGAUCCUGAGGCAGAAGCUGUCCAGCGUCAAUGCCGAAGUCUCCAGUCUCAAAGACACCAGGAUACUGACCUUCAAAGCGUUUGCCCAGCUCUUCAUCUUGGGCUGCUCCUGGGUGCUGGGCAUUUUCCAGAUUGGACCUGUGGCCGCUGUCAUGGCUUACCUGUUCACCAUCAUCAACAGCCUGCAGGGGGCCUUCAUCUUCCUCAUUCACUGUGUGCUCAAUCACCAGGUACGAGAAGAAUACAGGAGAUGCCUCACCAGGAAGAGAAAGUCUAGCUUCCAGUCCCAGACAUCCGGGGUCUUGUUGUCAUCCAUACCUUCCACCUCCAAAACGAGUUAAGGUCAUUUCUUGCUUUCUGAUACCCCAUGGAGCUACGUCUGAGGAUAGAAUGUGGCUUCAGGAGCUUCCUGUGAAAUCUUUUCAUGGCAUAAUGUGGCCACGCAAGGUCCUGCCAACUCCAGAACUCUCUGAGCAAUUCUGAGCAUGCAGUGUUUGUUACAAGGCAUUGUCUGUGGCAACUGCUAACAGAUACACUCACGGAUGGGCUACACUCACGGAUGGGCUGUUCAUCAUCUACAUUUCAUUGCAACAAUUUGGAAUAUAAAAAAAGAAAAGAAUGUAAGACUUCAUUUACUUUUAGCUUUCAGGAGAAUAAGUUCCGUGCUUAUUUAAUUUUUUUUUUUUUUCUGACAGAAGUCUUGCACAAGGCUUUGUAUGUUUCGACAGUGGUAUUAUAUGCUGGUCUAAAAUUAGUCACUUGAAGAAAUUUUACAUUUCAGGGCCAGCAGGUGGUGUAGUGGUUAAGGGGCUGGACUCCCACGUGGUGGACCAUG